AUGUUUACGGUGUCUCUAUUCCGUAUUUACUUCAACAUUAGACGUAUGGUGCCGUCAAUCAACGCGGAUCCUGGCAGUAUGUUUGACAUGGAGUUCGACAACCCAACAUGCAUCAUGUGGGCUGUAUUGGCACUUGCCCGUCUCAACGAGAAGAUACCUUCAGAUUUCGACAGUAUUCAUGCCUUUAGGCUUCGCAAUGCAAUCGAAGACGCUAUUGGAGCUUUCUGUGAUGACUACAUGGAAGCAACAUGGUCUACACUGUACAGUGAUCGAGCAUGGCAAAUCGUAAGUACACUCAAGCGUACUGCUGCUGAUUACUACAGACACACUGAACACGUUCAAAAUCCUGAUGCGGAAUGUGAGUACCUGAUUGAGCUAUUCAGUCUGUUCUCCAUACACGUACACCAGCAAGAAGAUAGGGACUUUACUGAAGCCUACGGUGCUUUAGGUAUGUUGGCUGCUGUGGCGAUCAAGAUGGGAAGCAUCCUUGGACAACGAAUCUCAGACAUGUUCGACAUGUUUAACAAUAUCUAUGCUGAUGAAAACGUAUCCAAUAAUACUAUUGCCAUUCGUACGAAUCAGCAAAUCGAUCUCCUAUGUGCAACUAUCGAGCAGUUUGUACGCGAGCAGUUUGGAACGAACGGCGCCUACACCCCGGUAUCGGAGGCGCGAGACAUCGCGGGUCAGUCGUUCGUUCGUCUAAUCCAUGAGCCUCUGCGACAACACGUCGAAAGCGCCUUCAAGAUGCUAAUAAAUGACUUGGCGUUUUGCAGCAGCCAUACUGUGAACAAGUAUCAACCUGAUAUCAAAGAGAGGGUUGCUAUGUUCUAUGAAUCCCUCAGUAGGUUUUUCUCAUAUUGUUCGCCGCUGCUGAGCGCCUUCUUCCUCCCAGACAUGUCAGACGACGAAAACGAGCUCGACGAGGACGAAGACGAGGAAGAGGCCGAAAACUAUCAAGAACACAUACCCGAACAUGUGGCGAACCAUGACUUCAGCCAGUACGCCGAUUUCGAUUGGCAUAUACGCGAGUUUGAAGUUUUUGAUGUUCAAGAUGUACUUCGUGGUCCAGAACACGCAGACAUGGAUGGUGUCUCUAUAGCACUCAGCUCAACCGACUCAUCCUGCCCUCUCUGCGCCGACGCAGAUACCGAGAUGCGGAAGUUAAACGCAUCUGUGAUGGCCUCGGUACAGCAGAAAGCGCAACGCGUUUGGACGCUCCCCCCGGCGACGUCGAACUCCGACAAACCACUCGCUGUCGCUCUUGCUACAUAUCCGGUUCAGGAGGCACUAGUCUCGUUCUUGACACCCGACGAUCUCAUCGUUCUUACCCUGACCUCGCAGGCUUUCUAUAAGCACAUUCGGAUGGACGACGCCAAUGCAAAGGCCAAUCUUCUCUCCAAAACUCUGUGUCCAGGAAUGGGUUACUUUGCUCGGGCAAUCAGCCACUGCAUCUGCUCAGUAAAAACAUUCGAACCCAUAGUUGACUGUGCUGGACUCGGCUUCGCGACAGAAUCUCGCCCAUGUGCGAAGUGCGGAGUCAACACCUGCGACGAAUGCCGGAUACAUGUCCUCUAUAACUUCCUCACAGAAGAUUCUGGAUUUGACCAGCGUCGCUGGUGGGCAGGCUUCUGCUUUCUCCAACCUGAAGCCAUCGCUGUGUAUCCACCCAAGAAUUCGGAAGAAGAUGCUUGGCAUCUACCUAUCCAAGACAUGAAACCUCUGCAUGACCAAGGCCGCAUUCACAUUCCCCUAAAUACCAUUGCCAUUGGCGACCCUGAGCCCUUUCAGCGCAUUCUCGACCUUGACUUGGGCACUCACCAACUCAUCGAGCCCAUUGGUCGCACACAAUACCCAUACUCUGGCGUUCAAAUUGUCUCGUUGCUCAACAUGAUUGUCAACAAGCGUAAAGAUCUGACUUGUCAUUCGUGUUACCAAGAACGCCGGAAGAAAGGCCUAGCGCGAUGUUCUUGUACCCUACGCAAGCGCUUUCUACACCGGUGGCUGUGUGCGAGCUGUUACAUCCAAGAGGACCGUGCAGACGAAGAUCUACGCUGCCAUGCUCCAAUAGCAGACGAGGUAGGAGAGGGUCACAGUCAUGUAUGCGGUUGCGGUGCGGAGUUCACAUCGGAAGCUGAACCGAAAGUCGUGUGCAAUUGGUGCAAAGGAGAAGUUCAAGGGCCUCAGCAAGGUGCCGAGAACGAUGUCGCUAGUGAGAAUGGCGAAGACAUCAGCAAUGACGAGGAGGAAGGGGGAGGAGAAGGGGAAGACUACCCUGACGAGGAUCAUUCGGCUGCUGACUUUGCGCAUGUACCUCAGGACGAGUUUGGCUUCGUUGAGAACCAUGACCAUUCUCUGUCGGUAUACGUGAACGGAGAGUGUAUCCGCGGCGAACGUCUUGGUCGUAAUCGUAUCGCUGACCAUAUUUACGCGGAAGAUGAAGAAGAUAGGGACGAUACGGACGAGGCUACAGAAGAUGACGAUAGCAGUGAAGACAAAAACUUAUCUGACCUGGAGGAAGUUGAGUCCGCGGCUGGCUUCGAAGAUCAAACGCUGGAUAUCAACACUGGGAUGAUGAAACUAUUACCCACCUUCUCGGAGGACCGUAGCGCUCAGACGACAUCCCUCAAGGACAUUGCGCAAGAUACAAUUGGAGAGGCUUACAUCGAGGAGGACCCGUCGGUAGCAGAAUGGUUGCGCGAAUGCAUCCCGACUUCACAUGAUGCCGCAGAAUACAUACGCGAGCUGUUUCCGAGCGUACGGUGGCUGAGACGCUAUAAUCUACACUGGCUGGCUGGAGACGCUAUCGCAGGUAUCACGGUCGGUCUUGUGGUGGUACCGCAAGCCAUGGCUUAUGCGUCGCUCGCGCGCCUGUCACCUGCUUUCGGCCUCUACACGACCUUCACAGGCGCGUGUCUAUACUGGAUCUUCGGGACGUCUAGAGACAUCGUCAUAGGUACGACAGCAGUCGGGUCACUACUGAUCGGAAGCGCAGUCAGCAAUGUCGAAGCCGAACACCCUGGUGUAUAUCAGCCCCAGGAAAUAGCGCAUGCGAUAAGCUUCCUUGCUGGAAGCAUUAUUCUGGUCUUCGGUAUCCUUCGUCUCGGCUUCAUCAUUGAGUUUAUUCCAUAUAUCCCCAUCUCCGCCUUCGUCACAUCCGCCAGCAUCACUAUCAUCUCGACACAACUGCCGACCCUGAUGGGGGUGAGAGGGAUCAACACACGUGAGUCCCCGUACAAGGUGUACGUCAACUUCCUAAAGGGCUUACCCAGGGCAAGACUUGACGCGGCUAUUGGUAUCACAUCCAUUGUGCUUCUUUACCUAAUCAAGAACUUGUGCGCUAAGAUGGAGGUCCGCCAACCACGGAAGAAGAAGAUGUGGUCCUUGAUCUCAUCACUGCGCCUCACGUUCACUAUCCUGCUCUACACUCUCAUCAGCUGGCUUGUACAUCGAACGACCCCUACAGGCCAGGAGAAGUUUCGAAUUGUCGGCCACAUCGAGAAGGGAUUCAGUCACGCCGGCGUACCCUCGAUGAAUGGCAAACUCUUUGGUUUGGUAGCAUCAGAGCUCCCAGCAAUCAUCAUCAUCCUUAUCGUCGAACAUAUCGCCAUCGCUAAGAAUUUUGGGCGAAGGCAUAAUUACACCGUCAUUGCUUCACAGGAGAUGAUUGCACAAGGUGCCGCCAACAUACUAAGUCCUUUCGUCGGUGGCUACAUAUGCACAGGCUCUUUUGGUGCUUCUGCCGUUCUCUCCAAGGCUGCGGUACGUACCCCACUAUCUGGCGUCUUCAGCGCAGUGGUCCUAGUGCUGGCGCUCUAUGCGCUUACCGCUGUCUUCUACUACAUACCAAAUGCUGCGCUUGCUGGUCUAAUCAUACACUCCACCGUCGACUUGAUCAAGGGACCCAAGGACUUACACAAGUACUACCAACUGUCACCGUUCGAGCUCUUCAUUUGGGUUUGUGGCGUUGUCAUUGCAUUCUUCACCGACCUCGAGACUGCAAUCUACAUCACUGUGGGACUGUCUUUCGCAAUGCUUCUCGUCCGGAUGGCGAAGAGUCCGGGCAAGUUUCGAGGUACCGUGGAGGUGACGCGCAUAGUUCGCGACGAUCGCUUCCGCAAUAAAUCUAUGUCGACAACAGGCACAUCGCUGCCUCCACAGAUAUAUGGAGAAAACUCGUAUGACACCAGUACUGCAAAAAGUUCCCGACAGGUCUACAUGCCUUACGACGCCACUGACAACCAUAACCCGGACAUCAAUGUGGAACCGGCAUAUCCUGGCGUCUUCAUCUACCGUUUCAGCGAGAACUUCAACUACAUCAAUCAGGCCUACCACGUUGACUAUCUGACCUCUUACAUCACCUCGCAUACGCGCCGAACCCAAGCUGAUGACGGUAUCCGGGCUUGCGAUCGCUUGUGGUGCGACGCGCCGCCUAGCGAGAAGCUUAUUGAAGAGUCUUCCUCUCUUCCAGUUUUAAGGGCUGUUGUUCUUGAUUUCUCCACUGUCAACAUUCUCGACAUCACGAGCAUUGACGGAUUGAAAGGCUUGCGCGAGACGCUCGACCGGCAUGCUGCGCCCGGGCUGGUUGAGUGGCACUUUGCUGGCGUGCACAACCGGUGGACACGCAAGGCACUCACCUUUGCAGGAUUUGGAUUCCCUGCAACGAUCAACGCCGACCAUAUGGGAGUAUGGUGUCCAUCUUAUACCGUCAGGACCAGUCUUUUAGGUACAACGGGUAAUGAGCAUAACGAAAUGGAGGCUGCACGGCGGCAUGUGCAGAAUAAAGACGAAGAACAGGGCAAGGAGUUGGCGGAAACGCAUGCUCUUGAGGUACAGUCGACUUCUGCGACCGAGAAGAGAAAAUUUCAUCCAAUCCAUGGGGUCGAUAGGCCCUUCUUCCACCUCGAUCUUCACGACGCCGUUGACGCUGCGGUUCGUGAUGCGAAGAAGGCUGACCAGCUUGAGGUGCGCAUGAGCUGUUCGUCAACUACAUGGUCACAAUCGCAUGAGCAGGAGGGUGAGGCAUAG